GGGGCGGGUCUUAAACUGUCAACUAACCGAAGAACAACAAAAACAAACAUCGAGGUUCCGGGGACGUUCUCUCAGCGGACGUGGAGACGAUGUGAUCGGAGGUGUAGCUGAAGACAGGCUUCCCUUUGGUCUCUGCCACAUCAGAGGGCCGGGACCAUGGACCCCAUGGACCCCAUGGAGACGUCCUCUGAUGAAGAGGAGAGCCGCACCUUCGUCCAAGUCCUCAGCGAGAAAUACAACCCGGAGAACUUCCCCUACGGCCAGGGAGUCAUGGUGAUGCCCAGCCUGCCGGGAUCCCCCGUCAAAGACCGCCUCUUCCUGCCCUGCUCGCUGGUUCUGAGCGACUCUGGGAUCAGUAAAGCCGGAGAUCGGUCCGACAUCGCAGCUUUCUGUGUUCAUGUGGCCGAGCUAGACCUGUCCCACAAUCAGCUCAAAGACUGGGAAGAGAUCUGCGCCAUCGUUUCCAACAUCCCCCACCUGGACUUCCUAAAUCUGAGCAUGAACCCGCUGAGCGGCGUGCAGCUGGAGCCCUGCAAGGCCGAGGUGUUCUCCAGGGUCCGGCAGCUGGUCCUCAUCAACACACAUAUCAGCUGGGACACCGUGCACACACUCACCAAACACACACCUGAGCUGGAGGAGCUGUUCCUGUGCCUGAACGGCUACAACACCGUGUCCGAGACCCAGACUUCCUGUCCGUCUCUGCGCCUGCUGCAGAUCACAGACAACCAGCUGCAGGAGUGGGCAGAAGUGAGGAAGUUUGGGCAGAUUUACCCGAGUCUGAACACGCUGGUUCUGGCCAACAACAGCGUGGACUGUGUGGGCGACACUCCGGAGACUCUGCAGAGGCUGUUCCCCAACCUGCGCAGCAUCAACCUCAACAACUCAGGACUCAGCAAAUGGGUGGACAUCGAGAGGCUGAAUUACUUCCCGAAGCUGAAGGAAGUGAAAGUAAAGGGGAUUCCUCUACUGCAGACUUACACCGACCAGGAGAGAUGUAGCCUCCUGUUAGCACAGCUGCCCUCUGUGGUGCUGCUGAACGGGAGCAUGGUGUCUGUCGGAGACCGGGAGGAUGCAGAGAGGUUUUUCAUCCGGCACUACCAGGACUGCCCGGAACAGGAACUUCCAGAAAGGUACCACGUCCUCGUAUCCAAGUACGGUCAGUUGGCCCCGCUGGCGGAGGUGGACCUGAGCCCCCGCAGCACCAUGGUGGACAUUCGCUGGGGGGACAAGGUGGAGGCCAUGAGUCUCCACCUGGAGCAAACGGUGGGCGAACUGAGGAAACACGUCCGGGCUCUGCUGCAGCUUCCCCACCACGGGAUCCGGCUCUUCUACAUCAACCGGGAGAUGUGUUCGGUGUUCGGACCCGAGGAGCUGAAGUGCGGCACCAGGGCCCUCCAUUCCUACCGGAUCCAAGACGGGGACGAGAUUCUAGUCGUGCCCAAAGUCAAAAGCCGCUGCAGCUCCUCUGGUCUUUGAGUCGAGAAGCUCUCCGGUUUCUCCCCAACAGGACUUUAGGAACCUUAGAAAAACACUUACUGGAUAUUAAGCUUUGACUUGAGCCUUUUUUUUAGGUUGAAAAAAGGGGCGAUUAAUGUCAGUCUUGAAUGUAAAUAUGUUUGCUGUCCACCACAAAUCUAUACAAUAGAAUAUUUGCACAUAUGAUCUCCGCAUUCACAGAGCUUUAGACGCUGGGCUUUAGUGGCUUGAGGUAACACUGCGGCUGACAUCUCGUUUCUAAACAAGUUAUGCAAAUUUGGACCAGUUUCAAAUAAUUGUAGUGACUACCAGUUAAACGCACACCAUGCACAUUUACCUAAAACUAUUUUAUAAUUGGAUCAUUUGUCUAAUUAAACGUAAGAUCUUUGGUUGAAAAACGUCUCCCUUGCUUGCGACAUGCAUGGAACUUAGUAUUUAUAUGACUGUUAAAGGGUUUUAAAAUUGGUUGAGGAAGAAAAAUGAGGCUCACGUUCGGAUGGGAAUUGGAUUGUAAAGAUACCAGCUGCUGUACGCGCACGUUCUGCUGUCACUGUGUUUUCAAAAGGCCGACGCUGGCUUUCCUGCACCAUAAUCGGCAGCUUCUAGAGGCUCUGUCUUGGGCCUGUUUGCUGUAAUGUGUGAAACUUUUUAUUCCAUUGUACAGUUUUAGUAAAAUACUAAAGCCGACACAACAUUGAACUUGAAUCACACAAACACACAGAGUCUUUGGUGAUAUAUUUUUGUGCGUCUAUAAGGGUUUUUGGUCUACGUUUGUAUAGAGUACAGAUAAGUUACUCAAAGAAACAAAAAGGAAAAGAAAUCACGUUUUAUUUACAUCUUCAUCAUCGUGGCAGAGGCUAUUGUCUUCUCAUUUGAAUCCAAGCAGAGCAGAUUAACUCCUGAGUGUUCUUUCCCAGGUUCUUCCCGUUACUUGGAUCAUUUUCUCUUUCCACAUGACUCUUGAUACUGGGUACAAACCCUGGGAUAUCCCCUGAGCUGAAAUCACAAAUGCAGUGUGUCGGGGAUAACAUGCAACACAGCCGGGACGCCCCGGCCGAAAGACGAGACAAGUCUGAAGCGAGCUCUGGGUCUAGGACGGAGAAAACGAAGGAGCGUCGAUGCUCGAGUUACUGCUGGUCUUCUGGCUGUCAGGCCCAUGAAUGGAGAACCUCUCUCCCCCUUGCAGAGCGAAAUGCUGAGGCCCAGUCUGCACGGAAACCUCACACCAGUCGCUGUGUCACCCACACUUCUGCUGCGUUUAGGUUCGAAAGGGUUCAACUAACAGGCCCCCCCCCCUCACCCAUUCACCCCCGAUCUCUCCUUUACAUCCGUCUGACAAACCCAACACCUCCAAGUGUCUGCAGUUUCACAGGAGGUCGGGAACUUCUCCAUUGGCUCACUUUGCUGUGGAUUGUUUUCAAUCAAAGAAUAGACAGAGAAGCGUAUUCCCACCUACUGACAAUUGACAGCUUUUCCCAGUGCAGGAAUGCAACAGCCCAUAACGAGGGUAUCCCUUGACUCCUUUCAGCCAGACACUGAAAAAUCAACCUUUUAAAAUCCAUCCCUAAUCCCUAAUCCCUGACUCCCUCUAAGAGGCUGUAAUCUGGCAAGGAAAUUCUUCCUUUUGACGUAAUUAUCGUAUGUUUUUUGUCCCGUUAUGAAAGCACCAUCAGGGUACUCAGUGUGCAUUUUGCUAUAUUUCACAUUGGGAUGGAAAUAAGUAGAGAGACAAAUGAAUGGACUCGCUGUGCGGCCAUUAACAUCAUCAGUGUUUGGUUGAGUAACCCUAACCCACAAAGAAUCACUUUAGGUUUCCUCUUGAAGACCAGCAUGUCAUUUGGAUCGAAGACUCGAAAUGUGUUUUGUCCAUGUUUUCCCGCCUUUUGUUCAAUGAAAGCUGGGAUUUAUUGGACUUCACCUGACUCUGGAGACACACUGUACCAUGCGUAUUGCGGGUUUGCAGUGUUGUUGAUUUAAAAAUGCAUUUGUAAAAACGUGGAUGGGCGAGGGUAAAAUAUCGAAUCUUUCUGAGUAGUAGAUAACUGGAGUUCUGUCACGUGUGUUAUUCUAUAUUAUGACUGAGGGCUUACAUGGGGAGCGAAGGGGAAACAGAUUGUGUUUAUUGACUGAUAUUGUGGUCAGGUGGUGGUUUGCAUGUUCUUGGUAUGUUUGAUUUGAAAUAUUUAUAGGAUGUGUCAUUUCAGGGAAACCGUGUCGUUUAUGGGAAUUAAUUAUAUUGGACUCUUUUUAUAUAUAUCUGUGCUUCUCCCCCCCCCCCGUUUUAUCCUUCAUUAAUACUAAAUAACAAAGAUUACUCACAGAGUCUAAAAGAUAGAGGCUAAUCCAUGAAACAGUGUGCCGUGUGCUGAAUAGUAAAUGGUGUUAAUAUGAAUCUGCCCUUUCUUUAAUGUGUCUCCUGAUAUAUAUAUAUUUUCAUGGUCUUGUUUUUCUUUCUUGAGAUCAUGUUGCCAUUUCUACACCUGUGACGCUGCUUUCACCUCUCUUUAAGAAAUAAAUUAUUAUGAUUCA